UUUGUAGUGAACGAUUUCAUUCUUCAUCAAUCAAGGUGCUCACUCUUACGCUUGACACAGAUCUCACUCUAUCUUCUCUCUUCUCUUCAUCUGCGUUUAGAUUCGGAAUUAAUAAAAAAAGCUUUAAAAAAAGAUGGAGCCACCGUCAAUGCUGUAUAGCCAGCUCAAGGCUACAGAACUGGUCUUCCUAUUAGCAGGUCCUAAUGUGAUUGAAUCAGAGGAAUACAUUAUGAAGUUGGCUAAGCACAUAAAGACUAUUACAUCUGUUGGCAUCCCGUUAGUUUUCAAAUCAAGCUUUGUUAAGGCUAAUAGAACAUCAUCAAAAUCUUUUGGUGGCCUAGGGAUGGUUGAGGUGUUGAAGAUACUUGAGAAGGUUAAAGUAGCAUAUGACCUCCCUAUAGUGAUAGAUGUGCAUGACUCUAUCCAAGUAAGAUUAGUCGGCAGAAUUGUAGACAUCAUUCAAAUAACAGCAUUCUUAUGCCGUCAAACAGAUCUUCUCGUUGUUGCAGCCAAAACUGGAAAAAUUGUCCACAUCAAGAAGGGCCAGUUUUGUGCUCCUUCCAUGGGUAUAUUGUCCUGCUAUGUAAUGGCAAAUUCAGCAGAGAAGGUUCGGUUGGCUGGAAAUCCUAAUGUUAUGGUUUGCGAGAGAGGAACUAUGUUUGGAUACAAUGAUUUUAUUGUCGAUCCACGUAACCUGGAGUGGAUGAGAGAAGCCAAUUGCCCUAUUGUAAGUCAAUAUUUGUUUUAUUAUAUGUUUCUCUUUAAGAUGAACUAUUUGAAUCUUUCUAUGCUUUCUUAUUCAAUGGAAGGUUAUAAUAUGUUAGGGAGAAAGUUGGAUGGCGGAGGUGUUGCAAGUGGAGGUCUUCGAGAAUUAAUACCUUGCAUUGUAAGAGCUGCAGUUGCUAUAGGGGUGGAUGGGAUUUUCAUGGAGGUACAUGAUGAUCCAUUGAGUGCACCUGUUGAUGGUUCAACAUAG